AAAGAAGUAAUGCUGGCUAUUCAAACACAAAUGCUAUUUCAAUUUGUUUUGCUAAUCGAAUGGCGUGCACUGGAGAAGGAUGGACGUACGUUGGUGAGGCAAACAUUGGUUAUGAUUCCGCACAAUGGACAGCAAAAGGAGGCGAUCAAAUGACAUUCAAUUCUCAAUUUUGGAGUGCCAAUGUUAGCGAAGUUUGUAUUUUGAGUGCAGACUUUCAAAUUCGUUUCCCAGUCAAAGCACCAUCUUUGAGAAGCUUAUUUUUUGAAAAGUUUAAUUUGAAUCUGAGUGCAAGAAUGUUCAUUGAAAGUGUUAACAAUAGCAACGUCAACAUAACUGGAGCAAAUUUUACUACUGGAUGUUAUGAAGUUGGGUUCAAUGUUGGUAUGAAAAGUCAAUCAAAUAAAACGUUUCGGGCUCGUUUUGGUGUCGUUCACGUUCCUACAAACAAAGGUUGUGAAAACAUAUCUCCCAUUUUGGCCAUUGGAAUUGGCUUGGACGUAAAUAAAGAUAAUGGAAUCUACUAUGGCGUCUAUGCUUUCCCCGAAGCCAAAAUACCUCAAGGCUACACUAAAAGCAUUCCAAAGUUAUUUGUUCGCAAUUAUAUUUGAUCAAAACUGAUAAAAACUCUUUAUCACUGAAGUAUACCUGUAUCUUUUAAUGAUAAAGAAACAUAUAAGUUGUUAUAAUAUUCACGAACGACAUAUAAGAUUGCUUAACCAACAUUAACAACAUUGUCAUAUUUCAUCAAGCGAACGACUUACUUAUCGACGGUGGCCAUUUCUAUAUUAAAUCAAUGUGAACAAUAUAAUACACAAAUACU